CUAUCAUUUUUAAUAUAAAUAUCAGCAAUGUUUGGUAACAAAUCACACUUAGGUACUUCCUCUUCAAACAUGGACUACAAAGCCGGGCUCCUGGUGUUCACCACGCUUCUGGUUGGAAGCCUUGCACUUCCAAGACCUAAAGAUGACAUGUCCAUCUUCUUCAAGCAGAACGCUAAUGGUCGUAUUGUCGGUGGUACUGAGGCGGCAGUCGGCAGCCACCCUCACAUGGUGGUCCUCUCCUCCGGUCUAUUCGUCCGAAGCUUCUUCUGCGGAGGUUCCUUGAUAGCCCCAAGGACUGUCCUUACUGCAGCACACUGCAUUGGCGUCGUUUACCUUCCAAUCUCCGGAACUCUGUAUAGAUCUCUUCGUGUUACUGUCGGCACCAACCGUCAUGACUCGGGUGGAACUGCCUACACUAUAGCUCGUCAUGUCAGCCAUCCAGACUACGACUUCAUGACCUUGAAGAAUGACAUUGGAGUCCUCAUUACCAGCGCAGAGGUGGCUUAUACCGAAUUGGUGCAGCCCGUACCUAUCACCUUCGACUACAUUGAUGGUGGAGUGCCAGCUAUAGUUGCCGGUUGGGGCAGGAUUUACGAAGGAGGUCCCGCCUCUGAUAAUCUGUUGGAGCUGAGAACCACAACUCUCGAAAGUUCUGACUGUGUGGAACGCGUGAUUCAAGCCAAUCUUGAACAUGAUUAUGAAAUGUAUACGGAUCCCCGUAUUGAGGUCUGCACCUUACACAGUCCUGGAUUUGGCGCUUGCAACGGUGAUUCCGGUAGUGCUUUGCGUCGUAUCGAAGAUGGUCAACAGUUCGGCAUUGUGUCCUGGGGUUUCUCAUGUGCCGGCGGUGCCCCGGAUGUAUUUGUAAGAGUCGGCGCUUACGAGAGCUGGCUAAACACUUCACAUGUGUUUUGGGCGUUGCUAAACAUGAACUACAAAACUGGACUCCUGGUGUUCAUCACCCUUCUGAUUGGCAGCUUUGCUGUUCCAACGCCCGAAAAUGACAUGUCCAUCUUCUUCGACCACACCGACGCCAACGCUCGUAUCGUCGGUGGUACUCAGGCGGCUGUCGGCAGCCAUCCCCACAUGGUGGCUCUUUCUUCUGGAGUGCUGAUCAGAAGCUUCCUCUGUGGUGGCUCCCUGAUCACCCAGCGCACCGUCCUUACUGCUGCUCACUGCAUUGCUGCAGUUUUUAGCGGUGGUUCUCUUGUUAGUUCUCUCCGUGCUACUGUCGGUACCAACCGCUGGAACAGUGGUGGUGUUGCUUACAUCCUGGCCCGCAACGUGACCCACCCCAACUACGUUUCUGCUACCAUCAAGAACGACAUCGGUGUCCUCAUCACCUCCUCUAACGUGGCUCUCAACAACCUGGUGCAAGUCGUCCCCAUCACAUACUCCUUCAUUGGACAGGGAGUGCAAGCCAGAGUUGCUGGAUGGGGCAGAAUCAGGACUGGUGGUUCCUUGUCCGCCGCUUUGUUGGAACUGACAACCCAUACCAUUGAAGGUAACGACUGUGUGGCUCGCGCUGCUCGUGCGGCCAUCGAUCUAAACAUGAGGAAUGCACCUCCAGUUGAACCCCACAUUGAGGUCUGCACUUUCCACUCUGCUGGAUUCGGUAAUUGCAACGGUGACUCUGGCAGUGCUCUCCGUCGUGUUGACAAUGGCCAGCAGUUCGGUAUUGUAUCCUGGGGCUUCCCAUGCGCUCGUGGUGCUCCUGACAUGUUCGUCAGGAUCAGCGCUUACCAGAACUGGUUGAGAUCUGUCAUCGUCUAGGAUACGGAAUAAGAACUUCAAUACCAAGAAACGACUGCUUUCAGUUUAUUCUGAUACUUUUGUAAAUAAUAAAAAUAAGAGUAUUUUUGCUAAAAAUA